CCUCAGUGUGGAUGCUCCCGCUGAGUCCUGUCAGAUGUCACCUGUUUUAGUUAAAUAAUGACCACCAGUGGAGAGGGAGACGAUGAGGUUCAGUUUUUGCGAACGGGAGAUGAGGUGGUUUUGCAGAGCACAUUUACCUCCCAUGAUGGAAAUUUGAAACUCUGUCUUGCUGCUGAAGGAUUUGGCAGUAGGCUUUGCCGGCUUGAGCCCACUUCAAACUGCAAGAAUGUUCCUCCAGACUUGUCUGUGUGUGGCUUCGUUCUGGCUCAGUGUCUCUCAGUCCGAGCCCUGCAGGAGAUGUUGGCCCAUGGUGGACAACUGGCAGCAGAGGCUGGAGCUGGAGUUGCCCAUCGGACCCUGCUGUAUGGCCAGGCAGUGAUGUUUUUACACUCCUUCAGUGGCAUGUAUCUUUGCUGCCUGUCUUCAUCCCAGACUUCACCUGACAAACUGGCAUUUGAUGUUGGUCUGCAAGAGAAUAAAGCUGGUGAGGCAUGUUGGUGGACUGUCCAUCCAGCUUCCAGGCAGAGGUCAGAGGGCGAGAAGGUGCGUGUUGGAGAUGACCUUAUACUGGUUAGUGUGUCCUCUGAGAGAUAUCUGCAUCUGUCCUUUGGAACUGUGUCAGACAACCAAAGCCUAAGUGGCAGUUUAAUCGUCAGCGCCUCCUUCCAGCAGACUCUGUGGAGUGUUGCUCCCAUCUGUUCUGGAGGUGCCAUUGCUCAAGGUUAUUUAAAGGGGGGUGAAACAUUGCGUCUGCUUCACAGCCACAGUGAUGCCUGUCUCACUAUUCCUUCUUCAGAGCAUGAGGAUGAGCUGCAAAGAGUAAUGCAUUAUGAGAUUGGAUCGGUGUCUGGUCAUGCACGGUCCCUCUGGAGGCUGGAAAUUCUACGAGUUGCGUGGAGUGGGAGGCAUACCUGCUGGGGCGAGCCUUUUAGAUUGUGCCAUGUAACAACUGGAAGGUACCUGGGUCUUACAGAGGAAAAAGGCUUGCACCUAGUCGAUCGGGACAAAGCUGAUAUCAACACAACCUCUUUCUGCUUCAGAUCAUCAAAGGAAAAACUUGAUGCUGGCAAAAAGACAGAUACUGAUGGUAUGGGAAUCCCAGAAAUCAAGUAUGGAGACUCCAUGUGUUAUGUUCAGCAUCUGGACUCAGGACUGUGGUUAACCUAUCAAGCUGCAGAUGCCAAGUGCCGCUUGGGUGGGAAUCUGCGCAAGGCUAUUUUGCACAGCGAGGGUCACAUGGAUGAUGGGCUGACUCUGUCUCGAUCUCAGAGAGAAGAAUCUCACACUGCCAGACUCAUCCGGAAUGCUAUCUUUUUGUUUACUCACUUCAUCAGGAACCUCGAUGGUUUUAAUCAUGAUGGAAACCUUUCCUCAGUCAGCCUGCCAAUGAAGACAGUGAUAUGCAGCCUCCAGGAUCUCAUCAAGUACUUCCAGACACCAUGUGGGGAACAAAGCCAUGAAGAAAAGCAGAAAAAGAUUGCUGCUCUUAAGAAACGCCAGAACAUGUUUAAAGAAGAGGGUGUGAUAGAUCUGGUCUUGGACUGCAUUGAUCAUCUACACCAUUAUAGUAGUGCCUCUUAUUUUGCCGAGGCUACUCAGUGUGAUGCUGGAGAGCGGUGGGAGGCCGUAAUCAGCCUGUUCUAUGAGUUACUGGCUUCUUUGAUCCAGGGAAACCGUGGAAACUGUGCUCAUUUCGCAAGCUCUGUUGACUGGCUGAUAGGCAGACUAGACCAUCUAGAAGCAUCUUCCGGAGUCUUGGAAGUUCUGCACUGUGUUCUAGUAGAGAGUCCCGAGGCCAUAACUGUCAUAAAAAGUGGACACGUUGAGGCUAUUAUCUCUUUUCUGGAAAAGCAUGGACGGAACCACAAGGUGCUGGAGGUGCUGUGCUCACUGUGUGUGUGCCAUGGCGUAGCCGUGCGCUCCAAUCAGAACCUCAUCUGUGACAACUUGCUGCCAGACAGAGAUUUGCUACUUCAAACACGACUCACUAAUCAGGUCACCAGCAUGAGACCGAACAUCUUCCUUGCUAUGGGAGACACGUCAGCUCAGCACCGGAGGUGGUACUACGAGUUGGUCGUAGAUCAGGCUGAGCCAUUUCUCACAGCUGAACCAACACACCUGCGUGUUGGCUGGGCCUUCACCAAAGGCUACCUGCCUAGGCCCACAGGAGGAGAAGGAUGGGGGGGCAACGGAGUAGGAGAUGAUCUCUACUCGUUUGGUUUUGAUGGGCUACACCUGUGGUCAGGUUGUGUGGGCCGUAAAGUCAGUUCCCCCUUUUCUCACCUGCUGAAAGAUAAUGAUGUAGUGAGUUGCUGUCUUGACCUCACGGUUCCAUGCAUCUCCUUUCGGGUCAAUGGUCUGCCUGUACAGGGCAUGUUAGAGAACUUCCAUGCUAAUGGACUUUUGUAUCCUGUGGUCAGCUUCUCAGCUGGAGUCAGAGUUCGUUUUCUGUUCGGUGGGGUAAAUGGGGAGUUUCGCUUCCUGCCCCCUCCCGGCUAUGCUUCAUGCUCUGAGGCUCUUCUCCCAAAAGUCAAGCUGAAGGUAGAGCCAUGUCAGAAAUACAUCUCAGACUGUGAAGAGGGGAAAAAAGAGCUCUUUGGCCCGUCUGUGCCGAUCACUCCAGUAACCUUUACUCCCAUUCCAGUAGACAUAAGCAAGGUUGUAUUACCUCCACAACUUGAAGACAUCAAAGAAAAAAUGGCGGAAAAUUUUCAUGAACUCUGGUUAAAGGACAGAAUUGACCUUGGGUGGACAUAUGGAAUAGUGAAAGAUGAAAGCAAACUACAUGAUCCUUGUCUAGUUGAGUUCUCCAAGCUUCCAGAGCAGGAGAGAAACCAGAACCUACAGAUGGCUGAGGAUACACUUAAGACCCUGCUUGCACUUGGUUUCCACAUUGGUUUAGCUGAUGACUGCGCUGAGGAACGCACCAAAUACAUGAGAUUACACGCAAAGUAUGAGCUGCCCUGUGGCUACAGGCCUGCACCCAUAGAUUUAAGACAAAUUAUCCUCAGUUCAGCCGAUGAGCAUGUGGUUACCUUGCUGGCAGAAAACCAACAUAAUGUAUGGGCCAGAGACCGUAUCAAACAGGGAUGGACCUAUGGACCUCAGCAGGAUAUAAAAGGAAAGCGGAGCCCUCACCUCGUACCUUACAGUCUUGUUGAUGAAAGGAUGAGAAAAGCAGGCACUGAAAGUGUGAGAGAGGCCGUCUGUAUCCUGCUGGCAUUUGGCUACAGCCUGGAGUCCUUAAGCCAGGAACAGACUCCUUUAUCAAAGCCAUGCCUCUUCUCGGUGGAAAAGAGCAGAGUGUUCAGACCAGAUAAAUCCUACGUGGUGACCAAGGGGAAGUGGUAUUUUGAAUUCGAAGUCCUGACAGCUGGGAAUAUGAGAGUGGGUUGGGCCCGACCAGGCUGUACUCCAGAUAAAGAGCUUGGCUCAGAUGACCAGGCUUAUGUCUUUGAUGGAUUUGAGGCUCAGUGGUGCCAUCAGGGAGGUGAGCCCCUGGGGCGUCCGUGGCUCAGAGGCGAUGUGGUGGGUUGCUUGGUGGACAUGUUUGAAGGCACCAUGAUGGUCACGCUCAAUGGAGAGCUGCUGUUUAAUGACAGAGGAUCAGAGCUGGCUGCCAAGGAUUUGGAUAUCAGAGAUGGCCUGUUGCCUGUGGUCAGUGCUGGGGUGAACCAGGUGGGAAGGCUGAAUCUAGGCCGCCAGGUGGAGACUCUGCAAUACUUUAAUGUGUGUGGCCAGCAAGAGGGUUAUAAACCUUUUGCCUUUAAUAUGACCAGAGACCCAUCUCUGUGGAUGAGUUGGAAUCUGCCGCAGUUUACGUCAGUGCAGCCUGAUGAUCAAAACCUUCAGGUUACUCGACUCAGGGGCUCAAUGGAUUUCUUAUCCAGCCUGAGGGUCUCUCAGCGUUUGUUGGUGCAACAUGGUGGAGGGAGUGAGAUGGGUUUUUACCGGCUCAGCAUGCCCAUUGAGUGUGCUGCCACACUCAGAAGCCCUAAAGAUGGUGUGCCUCUAGUCCCCUCCAGCUCUUUAACUCCAAGUUCAGCGAGAAAAGAGCUGGAGGACACAGACUCUGACUUUGAAGUGCUGAUGAAGUCAGCACGCAGCUUUGCUGGCUCAAGAGAUGAGCUCAACCACAAGGAUCACGGUCAUGAAAAAACAUCAAAACUAAAACAGCGGUUCAUGAUGAAAAGGAACAAACCAGGCUUAGUCAGCAGCAACUCCUCUGCACGGCUUCUGGAAGACGUCAUUGUUGAAAAGGAUAACUAUGACCAUCUUAUCCAGAGCGCUAGAUAUUAUUAUGCAGUGAGGGUUCUUCCUGGCCAGGAGCCAUUCAAUGUGUGGAUAGGCUGGGUGACCUCUGACUUUCAUCAACAUGACACAACGUUUGAUGCGGACAAUGUCGGCACGGUGACUGUCACCCUCGGAGAUGACACUGGCAAAGUUCAGGAAAGUGUGAAGCGAUGCAACAGUUUCAUGGUUUGUGCUGGAGAGGCCACAGGUCUGUCUCAGAGUCGUCGGAGUGCAGGGUUGGAGAUUGGCUGCUUGAUUGAUUCAGCGACUGGACUGCUCACCUUUACUUCCAAUGGCAUUGAAAUGUCAACUUUCUUUCAAGUGGAGGCUGGUACCAAGCUGUUUCCAGCUGUUUUUGUCAAGCCAACCACCACCAACAUGUUUCAGUUUGAACUUGAAAGCACAAAGAACGUCAUGCCCUUGUCAUCAGGUUUGCUUCGCAGUCAGAGAAGGAACCCAAGUCCUCAGUGCCCUCCAAGGUUUCAGGUUCAGCACCUGAAACCUGUCACAUGGACCAGAGUACCAGACAGUGGGUUAAAGGUAUUUGUAGAUCGACCAGAUGAGCACCAUGGCUGGAGAGUCCAAUGCUCUGAUCCCCAACAAGUAAUGAUUCUUCAGAUUCCUGAAGAAAAUAGGUGUGUUGACAUUUUGGAGCUGUCCGAGGUUGAUGACCUCCUCACUUUUCAUCAAAAUAUCCUCCUGCUCUACUCCUCGCUAGCUGCCUUUGGUAACAACAGAGUUUGCCAUGCUCUGUGCAGUCACGUUGACCAGUCACAGAUCCUCUAUGCUAUUCAGAAUCCUAACCUCCCGGGGCAGCUCCGCUCAGCGUAUUAUCAGCUCCUUAUUCAGGUUUAUCUAAGCAGCCACACAACAGCAUGCCUUAUGAUGAAUCAUGAAUACAUAAUCCCAAUGACUGACCAGACCAGAGAAGCCUCAUUUUAUCUCGGUAUGGAAAAGUUUUCUGGAGGGAUUGCUCAAACACCAGAAGGCAUUCCUAGCACUUGCAGAAGCAAGUGCCUCAAACCGCAGAUGCAUUUCUCAUCUCCUUGUUUUGUCAGAGGUUAUGAGACUGAAGAGGAAAGUGUGGCUGAAAUAGCCUGCACAGACAGCCCAGAAAUUCCUUUGGACAUACUGAAGAAUUUGACAUUGGACAUGCUGACUGCUGGGGUUGUAGCUGUCGGUCAAGCUGUGAGGGAUCCUGCAGGAGGAAGUGUUGAAGUUUUGCUUGUUCCACCCUUAAAAGUGUUGUACAGCCUUCUGGCCAUGGGAGUGUUUGGGGAUGAAGACCUUGCAAAGGUUCUUUGGCUAAUUGAACCAAAUGUAUUCUCCAAAAACAUCAAAACUGUUGAAGGGAAGGAAAAGGAAAGUGAAGAUGAUAAACAAGGACAAAAGAAGAGGAGCACAAACCAUGAUGAUAUUAAUAAACAAGGGCUUCUUCAGAUGAAGCUUCCAGAAGCUGUCCAACUUGAGCUUUGUCAUCUGCUGUCCUACCUGUGUGACUGCCAGGUGCAACACAGAGUUGAAGCAGUGACUGCAUUCUCUGCAGACUUUGUACAUCGGCUACAAGAAAACCAGAGGUUUCGUUACAAUCAGGUCAUGCAGGCUCUCAACAUGUCUGCAGCACUGACUGCUCGCAAAACCAAGGAGUUCAGGCUUCCUCCGCAAGAACAGAUGAAUUUGCUGCUAAGCUUCAGGGAAGAUGAACAACAAGAGAACUGCCCCUGUCCUGUCGAACUCCAACAGCUAUUAUUGGACUUUCACCACCUGCUCAACACACACUGUGGCACUGAAAUGGUUCCAGACUUAGAGGAAGAAGAUGAUGCCAAAAUGUCUUUAAAAGAUUGGCUUUUUUAUCGAGUUGGACAUAAAAAGAAACCAAUAGAAUUGAAAGAACAUAAAUCUUCCCCCCCAAAGUCUCUCAGAAGACUGAUUUCGGAGACGAUGGUGUGCUGGGCUCAGGAAAGAGAGAUAGAAGAUCCUGAACUGGUCAGGGCUAUCUUCACUUUGCUAUACCGCCAGUAUCAGGGCCUCGAGGGCCAAAUGAAAGGGUCACUGUUAAAGGCAUAUACUAUCAGCCAGUAUUCCAUGGAGGACACCAUGGCACUCCUGUCCUCCCUGUGCCAAAUCCGUUCUCUCCUAAGUGUCCGUAUGGGGAAAGAAGAAGAGAAGCUGAUGAUCAGAAGGCUUGGAGAUAUUAUGAACAAUAAAGUUUUCUACCAACAUCCCAAUUUGAUGAGAGCUUUAGGCAUGCAUGAGACUGUGAUGGAGGUGAUGGUCAAUGUUCUGGGUGAAGGAGAGUCCAAGGAAAUCACUUUCCCCAAGAUGGUAGCCAGCUGUUGUAGAUUCCUUUGUUAUUUUUGCCGUAUCAGUCGUCACAAUCAGGGAGCUCUAUUUGACUGCCUCACCUACUUACUGGAAAACAGCCGAGUUGGACUGGCUUCCCCAUCCAUGCGUGGCUCCACUCCUCUUGAUGUGGCAGCAGCCUCUGUUAUGGAUAAUAAUGAGCUAGCAUUAUCACUAAAGGAACCUGACCUAGAAAAGGUGGUUCAUUACCUUGCUGCAUGUGGCCUCCAGAGCUGUUCAAUGCUUGUGGCAAAAGGCUACGCUGACAUUGGAUGGAACCCCGUGGAGGGAGAGCGCUAUCUGGAUUUUCUACGCUUUGCUGUCUUCUGUAAUGGUGAAAGCAUAGAGGAGAAUGCAUAUGUGGUCUUGCGGUUGCUCAUUCGUCGGCCUGAAUGCUUUGGCCCUGCGCUAAGAGGAGAUAAAGGAGAUGGACUCCUAGCAGCAAUGAAGGAAGCCAUUAGAAUCUCUGAGGACCAGUCUAUGGAUGGACCUUUACCCAGUCAGCACUCAAACAGAACAAUGGACGCUCCAAACAACAAUGACGAUGACCUUAUUCACAUGGGGCAUGCCAUCAUGACCUUCUAUUCAGCGCUUAUUGACUUGCUGGGACGCUGUGCUCCAGAGAUGCAUCUAAUUCAGGGCGGCAAAGGAGAAGCCAUUCGCAUCAGGGCCAUCCUGAGAUCACUCAUCCCUGUUCAGGAUCUUGAAGGAGUCAUCAGCCUCUGCUUUAAACUCCCAUCAAUUUCUGAAGAUGGUGUGCUGGAUGAGCCUGACUUGUCCACAGUGUUCUGUCCAGACCACAAGGCUGCUAUGGUUUUGUUUCUGGAUCGGGUUUAUGGUAUCCAGGAGAGGAGUUUUCUUUUGCACCUUCUGGAAGUCGGCUUUCUGCCUGACCUUCAAGCAGCUGUUUCUCUGGACACUACCGCCCUAGGAUCAACAGACAUGGCACUGGCUCUCAAUAGAUACUUGUGUACAGCUGUUCUUCCCCUGCUCACCAAACAUUCAGCCCUAUUCCAGGAUUUGGAGGAUCAUGUAUUGCUGGUAGAUUCCCUUAUCCAGGCAAUCUACAGGCUCUCUAGAGCUCUAUGCUUGACCAGGGCUCAGAGAAACACCACAGAGGAUUGCUUGCUAGCUUUGUGCAGUAAUCUCCAGACAUCUACGAUGCAGCCUCUCCUUCAAAGGCUUGUCUUUGAUGUUCUCCAUCUCUCAGACCACAGCAAUAUGCCUCUAAAAAUGUUGACCAAUCAUUAUGAGCAGAGAUGGAGGUAUUAUUCCCAAGCUGGAAGGCAGAAUGACCAGAACUUUGCGUCUGAAGAUGAGCUCAAUCUGUCUACAAAGUUAUUCUGGAGUGUUUUUAAGAGCUUGACAAAAAAGACCCUCAGUCCUCAGUUGUUCAGACUAAGUGUGCAGUGCCUUGUUUCAGUUGCCAAAGCUUUGCCUCCUGACUAUGUAGAGCCAGGCUGUUUGUCUCAAAUGGAGGGAAUAACCUCAUUGGAGAGCGGAUAUUUUGACCUCCAACCUGUAGACACAUCAAAUGUCUCUGUUCCUGAAAGACUUGAUUUUGUGGUUAACAAGUAUGCAGAGCACACUCACGAGAAAUGGUCUCUGGAGAAGUUUGCCAAUGGCUGGGUACAUGGGGAGCAGCUAUGUGAAAACACCAAGGUUCAUCCUCUCCUGAAGCCAUACAGGGCUCUGGCUGAGAAGGAAAAGGAUGCAUAUCGCUGGUCCAUCAAAGAGACGAUAAAGAGUAUGUUGGCCUUUGGAUGGACCAUAGAACGUACCAAAGAAGGAGAUGCAUUCGGCAUACAUGCCUGUGCUCGCAGGGUCUCUCAGUCCGGUCAGCUUUCGUUUGAAGGAGCAUCUACCUUUAGCCCUAAACCUUUGGACAUGAGCAGCAUCACCUUAUCAUGGGAACAGUGUGCUAUGGCUGAACAGUUGGCUGAAAACUACCAUAAUGCCUGGGCUAAGACUAAAAAGAUGGAACUUGAAAGGAAAGCGGGAGGUAAUUCCAUGCUGGUGCCAUAUGAUGCUCUGACUGCCAAGGAGAAGACCAAGUUCAGGCAAAAAGCUCAGGAAAUACUGAAGUUCCUUUUGCUCCAUGGCUACACUGUGUGGAGGGAUCGAAAAGCCAUGGAAAUGGACUUCCCUCCAACUGCAAAUUGCUUUGGACACAUUUUCAUCCAAAGGAUGCUGUAUUACACUGAGGAGGCUCAAGAGAACAUGCUAAAGUUUGAGGUGAUUCAAGCCAGAGGACAGAUGUCUAAGGGGGAAAGGGCUCAGGAUCAGCAGCCGAUAAUCUUUUUUCAAAAGGUUGUUCUUCCUCUAUUGGAGCAGUACGUAAAAAACCAUCACCUAUAUUUCUUGUCCACUUCUCUGAACUCAAACGAUAACAGAAGUCAUGCCUCGAAAAAGGAAAAAGAGAUGCUUUUGUGUCUCUUCUGUAAGCUUUCUGCUUUGGUACGACACAGACUCUCCCUAAUUGGAGAUGAAGCUUCUGCCAUCACAAGCUGUCUAAGCAUCCUGGCUCAGGCUCUUGAUGCAAGAAUAUUGAUGGCAUCAGCUUCAGAGUCCAUACAGAGUUCUCUGCAUUCAUUUUUUGAAGCAGCAGCAGCAGAUUUGGAAAUGACUGUGGAAAAAAUAUCAGAGACCUUGCCUCAGAGCAGGGGUCAGUUGUCAAGAGCUGUUGUCAGUGUCCUUAACUACACUACCUCCAUUUUGAUCCCAACACUUACAUCACUCUUCCAUCAUAUCGGCAAUCAAAACCAUGGAGUGGAUGUUCUAGUUGGUGGUAUCCAGGUGUCAUGUUAUAAGAUUUUAAACAGUCUUUACUCUCUGGGGACCAGUAACAGCAUCUACAUGGAGGGUCAGAGGUUAGCAGCGGGUGCAUGUCUAGCAGCUCUAACUGCUGCUUUUCCUGUCUGCUUCCUGGAGCCAACUCUGAACCACAACAAUCCACAUUCUAUCUAUAAUACCAUGAGUCAUACAGAGAUUAAAGAUCAGGGACUACCAGAUCAGGUGGAGGACAUGUGUCACCCUCUUCCUUCAUUGGAAAUUGCACUGGGGAAAGUGGAGGAGCUGGCAGGUGCUGGAGCUGGAGCUCAUCAGAUGCAAUACAUUCAUGUUGCAGAGGUCAUUUUGCCCAUGCUGUGCAGCUAUGUUUCACACUGGUGUCGGGGGGGCUCUGAUGGCCACCACGAAAGCCCAGUUUUCACGUCUGUUGUUCCUCACCAUGCGAGCGACCUGAUUGGUUACAUUCUGCGCAUUAUCCACAAUCAUGUGGGUGCUAGCCAGGGGGACUGGAUAAAACAGCUUGCAGUUUUUUCUCUGCCAAUCAUCUGCAAAGCCCACAGCGAGCUGUUAAAAAGUCACUUUCUGCCCUUGAUGGAGAAGCUCAGAAAAAGGACAGAGUGUGUCCAACUAGAAGAGGAGCAACUGAAAGCGGAAGACUGCAGCAGUUCUGAAGCAGAGCUGCAGAUACAAGAGAAAUACAGAGUUCUGGUUCAGGACCUGUAUGCCUUCUAUCCUCUCCUCAUCCAGUUCGUUGAUUUUAAUCGAGCCAGAUGGCUGAAAGAGACGAUCCCUGAGGCUGAGCAGCUGUUCAGCAUGGUGGCAGAGGUCUUUGUAUUCUGGGCCAAAUCUCAUCAUUUCAAAUGGGAAGAACAGAGUUAUGUGGUCCAGAAUCAAAUCAACAACUUAGCUUUCUUGUUUUCCAGCGACAACAGAAUGGAGUUUAAGCAUAAAAAGAGAAGGAUGAAGAGAAAGGAGGAUCGCUAUUCUGCACACACAUCUCUCAUAGUCGCUGCCAUGAAGAGGCUUGUUCCUGUGGGACUCAGAGUUUGUUUUCCUUUUGACCAGAGCCUUAUCAUGUUGGCUAAAAGCUGCUUCUCUCAGAAUAAGCCUGAAGAUGAGAUUCAGGAGCAUAUUUUGAGUUAUCUCAAUCAGUUUCAUGGUCAGGCAUCGAACAAAGUCAGCAGUGGGAUUCUGUCUGCAGAUCUCCCUGCACAGCUUGGGUCCCAAGCCGACACACAAAGGGCUGUGGACAGGGUUCUAGAAAUAGCUCGAGUGCUUUAUUAUCUGGAUCAGGUAGAGCAUCCGCAGAGAAACAAGAAGCCUUCUUGGCAUAAAGUUUUAUCCAAACAAAGAAAACGUGCAGUUGUUGCUUGCCUAAGAAUGACUCCACUCUACAACCUACCACUGCACAGAGCUGCCAACCUUUUCCUUCAAGGCUACAAUAAAUCUUGGAUAUCAACUGAGGGACGUGGCUUUGAGGAAAUGCUUGUGGAGGAUUUAGCUAAGGGGCAAGUGAUAAACCAUUGGAAAGGUGACAAAGAGGAGGUAAAGGAGGUGGUAGAAAGCGCCCAGGCGAUCGAUCCCCUCUUGCAACUCAUUAUGUUCUUCAGUCGAAGUGCACUGACAGAAAGCAAUAAGCUUGAUAAUGACAACCUCUACAAAUGUUAUGCUGGUAUUAUGGCAAAGAGCUGUUGCAGAGAGAGCAAAGAUGAUGAUGAGCAGGAAGUAGAAAGCUUUGAAGAGAAGGAAAUGGAGAAACAGAAGCUGUUGUACCAACAGGCCAGGCUGCAUUGUCGUGGAGCCUCAGAGAUGGUUCUGCAAACUAUUAGUGCCAGCAGCGGCACUAUGGGAUACAUGAUUGGUCCUACUCUUGAACUAGGUAUUGCUCUUCUCAAUGGGGGGAAUGCAACUGUUCAGCAGAAAAUGCUGGAUUAUCUAAGAGAGAAGCGCAAUGUUGGCUUUUUCCAGAGCAUGGCUGGACUCAUGCAGUCAUGUAGUGUCCUGGAUCUGAACGCAUUUGAGAGGCAGAACAAAGCAGAGGGAUUAGGCAUGGCUACGGAUGAGAGCUCAGGAGAAAAGGUGAUGCCUGACAAAGACCUGGCUUGUGACCUAUUCCGUUUUCUGCAGCUGCUCUGCGAAGGACAUAAUUCAGAUUUCCAGAACUAUUUGAGAACACAAACUGGGAACAACACCACUGUCAACAUUGUUAUAUCAACUGUUGACUAUUUACUACGGGUACAGGAAUCGAUUAGUGAUUUCUACUGGUACUACUCUGGGAAGGACGUUAUUGAUCCUCUGGGUCAACACAACUUCUCCAAGGCCAUUGAAGUCACCAGACAGGUCUUCAACACACUCACCGAGUACAUACAGGGUCCAUGUAGUGGGAAUCAGCAGAGUCUUGCUCAUAGUCGUCUUUGGGAUGCUGUCGUUGGAUUCCUCCAUGUUAUUGCUCACAUGCAGAUGAAGCUGUCUCAGGAUUCAAGGCAAAUAAAACUUCUUAAAGAGCUCAUGGACUUAUUGAAGGACAUGGUUGUGUUUCUGCUUUCCAUGUUAGAAGGCAAUGUUAUCAAUGGGACAAUUGGAAAGCAGAUGGUGGAUAUGUUGGUGGAGUCGUCAUGCAAUGUGGAAAUGAUCCUCAAGUUUUUUGACAUGUUCCUCAAACUAAAAGACCUGACCUCUUCAGAGGGCUUCAGAGAGUUUGACCCUGAUUGUAAGGGCAACAUAACCAGAAAGGACUUUCAGAAAUCCAUAGAAAACUGCAAGCGCUUCUCCCAAGCUGAAAUUCACUUCCUGCUUUCGUGCAUUGAAAUGAAUGAUAGUGAGAUCUUGGAAUAUGAAGCAUUUGUGGAUCGAUUUCAUGAGCCAGCAAAAGACAUUGGUUUCAGCAUCACUGUUCUCCUUACAAAUUUGUCGGAGCACAUGCCGAAGGAUUCCAGGCUGAAGACAUUCAUGGAACUGGCUGAAUGUGUGCUGGCUUACUUUCAGCCCAGCCUUGGGCGCAUUGAGAUUCUUGGCAGUGGGAAGCGGUUUGAACGAGUCUACUUUGAGAUCAGCGAAUAUAGUCGCACACAGUGGGAGAAGCCACAGGUUAAGGAGUCCAAGAGGCAGUUCAUUUUUGAUGUGGUCAAUAAGGGAGGAGAGAAGGAGAAAAUGGAGAUGUUUGUAAACUUCUGUGAGGAUACCAUUUUUGAGAUGCAGCUUGCAGCCCAGAUAUCCGGAUCAAACACAAGGGAUAAGUUUACUGUGAAAAAAGAGAAUGAAAAAAGUGAGCUCGAUGAGGAUGAAAGCCCAAAUGACAAGGGUCUGACUUGUAUCUCCUAUUUGUGGCUGAUGCUAACCUUUGUCCUGUCUUGGAAAAACCUGAGAACACUGAUGAAGAUGACUCUGAGGGAUUUCUUAAUAGCAGCAUUUCGAGUCUUUUCAUUCAUUUGUAUGGUUCAUGUCCGCUGCAUUUCUGUUGUCAUCUGUCACAUCAUGUAUUUGCUAUACAUCACAUUUGUCAACAGUGGUCUUAUAGAGGCAGCAAAAAGAAUGAAGGUGUCGGACUUGUUUGGUGGUAUCCUUGAACCAACUCUCGACAAGGUCAUGGAGAUGCCAAAGAGUAUGGAUCCAAUUAGAAAGUACUCUGCUAGUUUCUCAUCCCAGAAAGAAUUAAGGGAGAUUGGGCAGAUGGCUUCAGUGACCUUUCCCAGAGAGGUGGACAUACUUUCAGACAUAUUCGGUCUCAAACUGAAAAAAGAAGGAGGUCAAUACAGAAUUAUAACGCAAGAUCUCUCUGAUAGUCUGGCUGAUCUGUUCAAUGCAACAAUGGUUGAUAAAGAAAUUUCUGAGCAGCCCCAGACUUCGUUCAUGGACCACUCGGGCAAUGAAAAAAAAGAAGAUGAGAAAAUGGAGGAGUUACACGAUCAAGAAGGGAAGAAAUCUGAAAAGGAAAGUUGGAAUGUAAAAGAAGAGAAGAAACACAGUGCCAAAGGAUGCUCUAAUAGGUUAAAGGAAGCACAGGGCCAGCAUUCUGCUCUCUGGGAGAUGAUAAGCGCAAAUAACAAGAGUCUUCUGAAUUACUUUGCAAGAAAUUUUUAUAACAUGCGUUUGUUGGCAUUAUUUGUUACUUUUUCAAUCAACUUCAUCCUUCUUUUCUACAAGGUAGUAUCUUUGCCUGCACCCAAAGAAGAAAAAGUGGUUACAUCUGUGAACGGAAAAGAACUGGACUCCACUAUGAAAAAUACAAGCAAUAGCAAUGUUCAUUUUGUGCUCGAAGAAAGCAGUGGUUACAUGGAGCUGUGCCUUCAUUUCCUUUCUAUUGCACACACAAUCAUCUCAUUCUGCUGCAUUAUCGGUUACUACUGCCUCAAGGUGCCGUUGCUGAUCUUCAAACGAGAGAAAGAGGUGGCACGAAGGCUCGAGUUUGACGGACUAUGUGUGACACAGCAGCCUCACGAAGAAGACAUCAAAGGGCAAUGGGACCGUCUGGUCAUCAACACACUAUCGUUUCCGAGUAAUUACUGGGAUAAAUUUGUGAAAAGAAAGGUGAUGGAUAAGUAUGGAGACUUUUGCGGCUGUAAGAAGAUCCAUGAACUAUUAGGUCUGGACCAAGCUGCUUUAGACUUCAGCACUGAGAGAAAAGAAAAUAAGAGGCUCAGAAGAGACAGUGCCUGGAGUGCGCUAUUUAACUCCUUUGAUGUAAAGUACCAGAUCUGGAAGCUAGGAGUGGUGUUCACUGACAAUUCCUUCUUAUAUUUGGCCUGGUACAUGACCAUGUCAGUUUUGGGUCAUUAUAACAACUUCUUCUUUGCUGCUCACCUUUUGGACAUCGCCAUGGGCUUUAAGACGCUUCGUACCAUCCUUUCCUCUGUCACACACAAUGGAAAACAGCUGGUGCUGACCGUGGGACUUCUGGCUGUUGUGGUAUAUCUUUACACUGUCAUAGCCUUUAAUUUCUUCAGGAAGUUUUACAACCAGAGUCAUGACAACGAAACUGACGAUAUGAAGUGCAACGACAUGCUUACUUGCUACAUGUUCCACAUGUAUGUGGGAGUGAGAGCAGGUGGUGGGAUUGGUGACGAGAUCGAGGAUCCUGCUGGAGACGAGUUUGAAGUGGAACGCAUCAUCUUUGAUAUUACGUUCUUCUUUUUCGUCAUCGUCAUCCUACUCGCCAUCAUCCAGGGCUUAAUAAUUGAUGCCUUUGGAGAGCUUCGAGACCAGCAGGAGCAGGUGAAGGAGGACAUGGAGACCAAAUGUUUCAUUUGUGGAAUAGGAAGUGAGUACUUUGACAAGAUCCCUCACGGCUUUGAGACUCACACUCUGCAGGAGCACAACUUGGCAAACUAUCUAUUUUUCCUGAUGUAUCUUAUUAACAAGGAUGAAACUGAACACACUGGACAGGAAUCCUAUGUGUGGAAAAUGUACCAGGAGCGUUGCUGGGAAUUCUUUCCUGUGGGAGACUGUUUCCGUAAGCAGUAUGAGGAUCAACUCGGCUGACAGAACAUCCAAGAGGUCAAAACCCUCCCAAGAUAGUGUUAUUGCUCGGGAGCCACAUUGCUUGUUGCCUUUUGACUCUCUAAAUUACCUAAAAUUUGAGUGUUUAUGUUAAUCCUAUAUUAGCUUUUGGAAUGAUUUAUUUUUC